AUGAAUUUGACCACCUCAGGCAGUGGCACAUUAAAUAUUUCUGAACGAAAAGAUUCUUUCGUAUGGUUUCAUGCUGGUAUUGAUGAAAACGACCUGAAUUUCCAAGAGAAUUUAAAACAACUGCAAACUAUCCACCACAUCGUUCACACGUUCAACGAUAUCGACCAGUGCAUCGAUUUUCUCACAGAUCUUUCACGUGAUACCGUAUCUCUUAUCAUUCCUGACACAUCAAAUCGACAAUUGAUCAUUCUGAUCAAUGAAAUUCCUCAACUUCAUGCCGUCUUUAUCCUAUACAAAAAAAUCACGUCACACAUGAACUAUGGAAUAACACCUGGUCGAAAGUCAAAGAACCAUGGAUACCAAUUUUAUCCUCCUGAUGGUUUUCUACAUUCACAGCAAUUCUGUAAACAUCAAUCCAAUGAAAUAUUGACUGUCUAUCGUGGACAAAUGUGCAGCGUUUUUCGUAUUCACGAUGUUCAGCAAUUCGAGACAAAUGAACAUCCCAAUCAAAUUCAUUUAUUGCUUACGAAUGACAAUAGCGAAAGUCAUCGUCGGCUGAACGACAGUAUACGACAAAAAAUCAAAGGACUUACACCACAGCAUUCUUUAGAUUUGCUUCUAUGGAAAAUCCAUGCACCGGAUACACGGGAAGAAAUACAAUCGGAGGAGCAAGAAGGAUCCGCCGUUCCUGAUCCCAUCGAACCAGUUAAAUAUAGCUUCGAGAAUCACGAAGAUGCCAAACAGUUAUCAGUCAUACAGCAAACUCGCUACUGUAUAUUAUAUGAUAAAGAAAACUAUUUAGAAGCACUAAGAUUCUUCGAAAAAGCUCUGGCGAUCAAAGAGCAACAUCUAUUCGGCCGUGAUCAUCCAAAUUUGGUGCUCAACUAUGAUUUUAUCGGUACGAUUUACGAGCUGAGAAUGGGUGACUACAAAACAGCACGUUUCUAUUACAAACGCGUUUUAAAUCUCGUUCAUCGGCAUUCACUACCUCUAAGUGAUUCUGACAUUCAGCGAUGCAAAAACCAUCUUCGACAAAUCAAAAAUAAAUAA